AUGCAAAGUGGCUCUCUGGCCUGGUGGCCCCGGAGUUUGCUGAGAAGAAGCAGCUGGCCAAGAAGCUGCUCGACAAGUUGCAGGGCACGAGCCAGGCCGGGCAGGCGGUGCUGCCGAAUGUUGGCGCCAUCUGCCGGCACUGCCGCAGACAUCGGGGCAAUGCGAUGUUCUGUCAGCACCCAGAAUGUGGCUAUUGUUCGCAUGGGUAUCGUUAUGAUAAUCCUUCUUGCUGCUACGGCUGUGGCACAUCCCCUCUUCGCUGCAACAGCUGCGGCAGCGGGCCCCGUGCGCCGGGAACUUUCUGCACGCAGUGCCAUUACUGUGCUUGUGGAUACCAGAAGACGAGUGGCUACUCGUGAAACUGUCAAGGUCAGUGUGAAUCCCAGGAGCGUCACGCUCUACGAUGAGAUCGCUGCCUGCAGCGAGGCAGCUGCGGUUGAACUAUAUGCAUUGUGA